CAGCAAUUGUCAAUAUGUUCAAAGCCAAUACCAGAUUAUUCUCUACCAGUGCCAGAAACUUAGGUACCAAAGUUUUCUUUACCCCAUCAAUUAACGGGGUUAAACAAUCUCCAAUCAAAUUUGAAUUGUAUGAUGAUAUUGUUCCAAAAACUGCUGAAAAUUUCAGAGCUUUAUGUACUGGAGAAAAAGGUUUUGGUUAUGCUAAUUCCAUCUUCCAUAGAGUAAUCCCACAAUUCAUGUUACAAGGUGGUGAUUUUGAAACCGGUAAAGGUUACGGUGGUAAAUCUAUCUACGGUAAGAAUUUCCCAGAUGAAAACUUCAAGAUCCCACAUAACAAGCCAGGUUUAUUGUCUAUGGCUAAUGCUGGUCCAAACACCAAUGGAUCUCAAUUCUUCAUCACCACUGUUCCAUGUCCAUGGUUAGAUGGUAAACAUGUUGUUUUCGGUGAAGUUAUUGAAGGUAUUGAAACCGUUAAAAAGAUUGAAAACGAAGGCUCCGGUUCUGGUCAAACCAGAUCUGCCAUUGUUAUUGAAGAAUCCGGUGAAGUAUAAACUAACUAUAUAAUAUUGUAAAUAAACGCUACAAAUUUUUCGUACGAUGAAUAUAAUAUGCAUUGGUAAUUGUAUAAAUAGGAAAAGAAAGGGAAA